UCCCCGCAGGCGGGCAGGAGCUCCGAGGCCAUUGGCUGGCGCGCGGGCUGAGGAGGGGCGGGGAGCGCCGCCGAAGGGGACUGUUUGCUCCUACGGGCUGUAGAUGGAGCUGUCCGGCCCCGGAGAGGGGGAAGGCGCCUGGAAAACGUUCUUCUUCUCCCUGGCCGGCCCGAGCGGGGAACAGCACUCCCAGGAUGCAGUUUGUGUCAACACGGCCGCAGCCUCAGCAGCUGGGCAUCCAGGGCCUGGGGCUGGACAGCGGGAGCUGGAGCUGGGCCCAGGCUCUGCCCCCGGAGGAGGUCUGCCACCAGGAGCCGGCGUUGCGCGGGGAAAUGGCCGAGGGAAUGCCGCCCAUGCAGGCUCAAGAAUGGGACAUGGAUGCCCGGCGGCCAAUGCCUUUUCAGUUCCCACCCUUUCCAGAUAGGGCACCUGUCUUCCCCGACCGCAUGAUGCGAGAGCCCCAGUUGCCCACAGCAGAGAUCUCACUCUGGACUGUGGUGGCUGCCAUUCAGGCUGUGGAGAGGAAGGUGGAUGCCCAGGCCAGCCAGCUGCUGAACCUGGAGGGGCGCACAGGGACAGCCGAGAAGAAGCUGGCCGACUGCGAAAAGACGGCCGUGGAAUUUGGGAACCACAUGGAGAGCAAGUGGGCUGUGCUGGGAACCCUGCUGCAGGAGUACGGGCUGCUGCAGAGGCGGCUGGAGAACUUGGAGAACCUGCUGCGCAACAGGAACUUCUGGGUCCUGCGGCUGCCCCCGGGCAGCAAGGGGGAGGCCCCCAAGGUUCCAGUGACUUUUGUCGACAUUGCUGUGUACUUCUCCGAGGAUGAGUGGAAGAACUUGGACGAAUGGCAGAAGGAGCUUUAUAACAACCUUGUGAAGGAGAACUACAAAACCCUCAUGUCCCUGGACGCCGAGGGCCCAGUCCCCAAGCCAGAUGCUCCGGCCCAGCCUGAGCCCAGGGAAGAGCCUUGUGUGUGGGAGCAGCGCCACCCCGAAGAGAGAGAAAUCUCAAUGGAUCCCGAUGCAGGAGCAGAGCCCCUGGUGCCUGCGCAGGAUGCGUCCUCCCAGGUGAAGCGUGAGGACGCCCUGUGUGUCCGGGGCCAGCGGGGCCUGGAGGAAAGAGCCAUCCCCACGGAAUCCAUUACCGACUCCCCAAUUUCUGCCCAGGACCUCUUGUCCCGGAUUAAACAGGAGGAGCAUCAGUGCGUGUGGGAUCAGCAGGAUUUGGCAGACAGAGAUAUUCCCACGGAUCCCAAUUCAGAGUCUCUCAUCUCAGCACAUGACAUUUUGUCAUGGAUCAAGCAAGAGGAGCAGCCAUACCCAUGGGGACCACGUGACUCAAUGGACGGAGAGCUUGGAUUAGACUCUGGCCCUAGUGACAGCCUGCUGAUGGUGAAGAACCCACCCCCAGCCCCGCCACAGCCCCAGCCCCAGCCCCAGCCACCGCAGCCACAGCCGCAGUCGCAGCCCCAGCCGCAGAGCCUGCCCCCGAUUGCGGUGGCCGAGAACCCGGGUGGCCCCCCGAGCCGAGGGCUGCUAGACGACGGCUUCCAGGCGCUGCCUGGGGAGCGUGGCUCGGGCGAGGUGCCGCUGGGUGGGGACCGCAGCACUGGGGACGGCGGGGGCGAUGGGGGCGGUGGGGGCGGCGGCGCGGAGGUGGGGACGGGGGCAGGCGGCGGCUGCGGCAGCUGUUGCCCUGGCGGGCUGCGGCGGAGCCUCCUCCUGCAUGGCGCCCGCAGCAAGCCCUACUCGUGCCCCGAGUGUGGCAAGAGCUUUGGCGUGCGCAAGAGCCUCAUCAUCCACCACCGCAGCCACACCAAGGAGCGGCCCUACGAGUGCGCCGAGUGCGAGAAGAGCUUCAACUGCCACUCGGGCCUCAUCCGCCACCAGAUGACGCACCGCGGCGAGCGGCCCUACAAGUGCUCGGAGUGCGAGAAGACCUACAGCCGCAAGGAGCACCUGCAGAACCACCAGCGGCUGCACACGGGCGAGCGGCCUUUCCAGUGUGCACUGUGCGGCAAGAGCUUCAUCCGUAAGCAGAACCUGCUCAAGCACCAGCGCAUCCACACGGGCGAGCGUCCCUACACGUGCGGCGAGUGCGGCAAGAGCUUCCGCUACAAGGAGUCGCUCAAGGACCACCUGCGCGUGCACAGCGGCGGCCCGGGCCCAGGCGCCCCACGGCCACUCCCGCCGCCACCCGAGCGAGACUAGGGCCCGGCUGGGGGAGGGCAGGGCCGGACGGAGUGGGCCGGGAGGCGACCCGAGGGCGGUAUGAGCACCAACCACCCUGCCCGGUGUCCUUGGCCACCGUCUGGAAAUCGGCAACAAGCAUUGCACUCCGGUUGGGGGUCCCCCAGAUCUGUCUGGUCUGAAUGGACGCCCAGCUCGUCUCUAGGGUGGACCCAGUGGCUGGGGAAGGGCCAGGGGGACCGCGAGGAGCCAAGUGUCCUCGGGCACCGCCCUCACAUCCCCUCGGGUGCCCUGGGACCACUGGGCCACAGAUGGUCAUCAGGGGAAGCCACCAGGGAGUCCCGAAGUCCUUCCGAGAUCAGGAAAUCAGGUCCCAAGGUUAGGAGACACCCUGAAAAAAAGCGAAGGCCGAGGGAUGUGCUAAGGGUAACACCAUGAUGACAACACUGCCUCGCGUUUCAAUAGCGCUUUAUACUUUUUUAAGUGUUUUCUAUCCGUUAUCCAUUUCACCCUUGGCCUAUCCCUCUAAGAUAAGCGGGGUAGGAUUUUCCUGGUGACUGAGGAAAGUGAGAGGCAGGUGAGACGGUUCACCCAAUCACACGGGAAGGGGCGCGCGUGGCCCCGCCACGCUCACCGCCUACCUCCACUGCCCGGGACGCUGCCGGCCUGGCCCUCCUGGUCUCUCUUCCGUUCCUCUCUCUCACCCACGGACAAAACCAGAAGCGACGGGAGGCCAGCUCCCGGGGUUCCUGGGAGUGGGGAACAGAUUGGCUACGAAACGCCCCAGGUUGUGCAUCCAGAGGUUUCUUCCUCCAUGGGAGCUCCUGGUGCCCCCUCGGCCCCAGCCUGUCCCUCCCGCCCCCAGCCCCUCAAUCUCGUGCAGCAGCAUCUUGUCACUGCACAACAGUGGCCUGGUCCCCCAGAGGCAGCUAGGGCCCCAGGUCAGACCUCACCGUGAUGGUCUGUUCAGUUUUCCCAGGGCAGAGAGGUGAAGGAGAGGCUUUUGCUGAGAGAGCAGCCAAGAGUCUCUUCCCAGGAGCGCCAGGCAAGUGGGUGCUACAGUCUGAGCCUCAGGCUCUCCUGCCCUGGGCCUCCCAAUUGGUGCUAUCUGUUACUGCCCGUGUUCACGGACAUGGAUACAGACCCUGCUAUGCUCCAUACCCUGCAGGCGCCUCGGAAAGCGCCCAAAGGACUCCCCUUCACGUUGGUGCACCUGCUCCAUGGCUCUGGGCACUGUGUCCCGAGGGGCCACAGUCUCCAUUUCAGCGUCUUGCAUGGCCUGGCACUGGGUGGGGUGGCAUGCCCCAGGACCCUUGUUUGUGUCAAAAAUGACUUUCCCAGCCCCUGCCGUGAGUCCGGCAUUCUUCCCAGCCCGGAGCACAGUGGGUAGCCGGCACCCAGCACCACUUUGGUGAGCGCCCUGCUUCUGCCCUCACCCUCAUCUACGCUGCUCUGCUUUCCUCAGACCCCUUUUUGCCGUGCAAAGGGAAUUCUUGACAUUAAAUAAAAGGUAUCCAGAUUGCA